GCGAGUAGUGUCAGUGCUAGAUUAUUGCGAUUUUAUCAAAAAUUAAUUGGAUUAUUGAUAAAAUGUGAACAAUUCGGUUAUAAAUCGAUAAAUAUCUGGAUCAUUUCUUGUGCAGUAGACUCUGUGUUGUGAUGAGUGCAUCAGUUUGUACAGUCCCGAAACUAAUGUAUUGAAUUAAUGAAAAAUGGCCAAAAAAUCCGAGAACACCGGGGGAAAAUUGGUCACAGUUUCAGUUGUAGGCCUCUCAGGAACUGAGAAAGACAAAGGGCAGCUGGGCGUGGGCAAAUCUUGCCUCUGCAACCGCUUCGUCAGGACCGACGCUGAUGACUACAAUGUGGACCACAUCUCUGUGUUGAGUCAGUCGGACUUCAGCGGCCGCGUGGUGAACAACGACCACUUCCUGUACUGGGGCAGCGUGGGCAAGGAGCACGAUGAGCUCGAGUACAGGUUCGAGGUGGUCGAGCAGACUGAGUUUGUGGACGACGCCUGCUUCCAGCCGUUCAAAGCCGUGGGUAAAACUGAGACGUACGUGAAGAGAUGCGUCGCCACGAAGCUGCAGUCUGCAGAGAAGCUGAUGUACGUGUGCAAGAACCAGCUUGGAAUAGAGAAGGAGUAUGAGCAGAAACUCAUGCCGGAUGGCAAACUGUCUGUCGAUGGGUUCCUGUGCGUGUACGACGUUAGUUUGGUGCCCGGACGAAGUUGGGAGAAGCAGAACGAAACCUUAGCAGCUCUCCUACUCAACAUAGUCAAACUCAAGAAACCAGUAGUCCUAGUAACCACUAAGAACGACGAGGCUUCAGAGCAGGGUGUGCGCGAGGCGGAACGUCUGGUACAACGCAAAGAGUUCAAGGGAGCUAUACCCAUUGUGGAGACGUCCAGCCAUGAUAACGUCAAUGUGGACCAGGCUUUCUUCCUGCUGGCCCAGAUGGUGGAUAAGUCGAAGGCUAGGAUUAAGGUGGCAAACUAUGCAGAAGCUUUAAGAAUACGAAGGGAGACGUUAGAUUUUGUUACUGAAGCGUUUACACAGUUAAUAAGGAUACAUGUACAGGAUCAUAAGGAAAUGUGGUCUAUGGUGAGCAAACGAUUAUGUCAUUAUCCGGAAUGGACGAAGUUUGUGCAACAGUUUGGCAAUGAUGGAACGCAGGUGGUGUUCCGGAGACACAUCAGGCGGCUGAAGGAGGAGCGAACCACCAAGAAGUUAAGGAAGCAACUGGCGAAGCUGCCGCAAGUGCUGUCAAGACUGCAACUGCCUACUGACGAUCUGAGAGACAGUGACUGGGGCAUGGUGCUCCGUCAGUUGCGAGCCCACCGCGACUUCUCUGUAUACUUCACGGAGACGCGCGCGCACUCGUCGGGCUCCGGCAGCGGGACGGAGCCCGACAGCCCGCUGGGGGCGGAUACGACGUUACGGGUGGGCGAGCGGGCGCGGUACCAGACUCUUGGCCAAUCGCAGAAGAUUCCCUACGAAAUACUAGAGACGAACGAAGCGGCAGCUAUAUUCAAAACUUACUUGCACGAGGCACAGGAGAAGCAGAGGAACUUUGAAUGGUGUCAACAAUUCAAACGCCUGCUUGAAGAGACGGGGUAUGUGACGCCCGGCAAACAGCUAUCAGAAGUGAGGGUUUUGCUCAUGGGCCGCGAGUGUUACGAGGCGCUCACUGAUGACCAACGACAGAGGGUGUAUGACGAACAUCAGAGGGAUAUCCAGAGGCGGGCGAAGCAUAAUUUACAGGAAUUGUUGCUAGAACACGCCGACUUGUUCUAUCACUUCAAACGAAUUUCACCCACGGGGACGAUAACGCAGGAGGACAUCAAGGAAAUAACGGACGUGCUACAAGAUGAUUUGAGGUACAAGAUGCUGGACCGCAUGGAGCAGGACCGCAAGCUGAUGCUGUUCCAGCACCUGGGGUUCGUGCACUGCCCCAUGCGCGAGCACUGCCCCGCCGCCGCCAACUGCCUCGACGCCGUGCUGCCCGUCAUACUGAACACCAGAGUGGGGUCGCUGACGUCAUCAGGCGAGUCGCAGUGUCACGCGGGUCCGCCGGCGGCGCCUUGGGCGCUAACCUCAGACUCCAAUCAGAUCAACGUCAUCAUACUUGGUGUAGAAGAAAUAGCUGGGGAGUUUGGAAAACGGCUGAUAGCGGGAUGCGACAGCGAGCGGCGCGUAAUGGUGGGCGGGACGGCGUGGCGGGUGGAGCAGCGGCUGCGUACUGACGACUUCGCCGCCGACCCGCCCCGAGACUUCGCGCCCAACGGAUACUUCUGUGUAUAUCAAGAUCAAGAAUCGUUCGAGUAUAUCCGAGGAUGUGCGGAAAAGACGCUUUUGUCGAGUCUAGAGCAAGAGGAUAAACUUCCAUUUCAAGGUCUUCCAUUGGUUGUGAUGUUUGUUCAAGACGAGGGUAUGGAUAAGAAGGAGUUAUCAAGACUACAAGAGGAAGGACAGAAUCUAGCUGACAAUCUUCACUGUUCCUACAUGGAGGCGUCCGUCAACGAGUUGGGCACAGAAGCGCUGACCUCUGACGCGGUGCAGGAACUGAUAAGGGCGAAUAGAGAGAAGGCGAGCUACGCGCACCUGUAUAGAGACUUGAUUGUGUGCUUCGACGCUGAUAUACGUAUAAUGGUGUGCAUGUUUUGCGACGACCCGUACUCAGCAGAGCGCGCGCUCGGCCCGCUGCUGCAGCACCGCGCCUGCUUCCUCACCGGCGACCGCUCCAUACUGAUAGAGACAUUCCUCGGUGACUCCAAGAGGAAGGUGGAGGUUAUAAUAUCGAGCUUCCACGGCGCUAGCCAGUUCAGAGAGGAAUUGAUCCACGGCUUCAUACUGAUAUACUCUGCGAAGAGAAAAGCUAGUUUAGCGACGCUAAACGCUUUCUCGAUGAACAUACCGAAUCUGCCGAUCCAAAUGGUGGCGGUGACGGACGGGGGCGGGUCCGCGGCGACCGCGUUCUUCGGCACCGACCUCGGCCACGCCCUCAUCACGGACGGCAACGCUACUGCCGACAGACUCGGCGCGCACUUCACUACGUACACGUCGAGUGCGGAGAAUAAGUCGGCCUUCUACACGCCGUUCUUCAAGGAGGUGUGGGAGAGGAAGGGCGAGAUUGAACGCGCGUUCCGCAUGGAGCAGCCCGCGCGGCCUAACCUGCCCGACGUCGCCGCCGGCCGACCGCCGCACGCGCCCCGCCCCCGACAACACAGAAUGGACCACAAGCUCACGAACUCACUGGAUCUACUCAUCGGCCCGGACUCGCGCGCCGACAUUGACUCCGAGUACAGUGACACACUCAACAAUUCCAAAAACAGAGGGUUCCUCAAAGGCUUCAGCGUGUACCCGCCUCCUAGCACACCGCCCGAGCCCGCGCCGCCAGACCAUCGGAUGCACGCGGACUUGUCGCCGGAUCUCAACUGUUCCGAGGAUUCGCUCAGCACACACGAGUCAGAUGGCGGCGGUCUAUGGCAGCCAGCGGGGUACGGACAUCGCGCGUUCACAACGGGCCGCGCGCGCCCGCAGCCGCCGCCGCAGAGGUUAAGACAUUCGCAGACGUUAAAGCAACCUGGUAAACUAGAUAUGAACAACUACACAAUGGUCAGUGACGCCCUACAGCACAUUACGAUUGGUCCUCCGCCGCCUAGAGAGAGAAAGUCAUCGCGUCCUGGCUGGGGUGGGUCCGGGCAGCAUCAACAUCCAUCAGGCGUCAGCUCUGAGACGGAAUUGGACGCACAGUAUGCACAGAUAAAAGAAGGUAACGAAUACAUGGAGGCGCCGUCGAUGACGCGGCUCCGGAGACAUCGGCGACACCACGACAAGACGCCGUUGCAUCAGCCUUCAUUCUCAGAAACUGACAGUUCGGGUUCGAGUGAGGCGUCGGGAGGCGCGCGGGCGCACGUACGACGCAGGCAUCAUCACGCGCCGAGACAUUAUAAGAAACGGUCUCUAGGAAAUUUAGUGGCGGUGCAGAGUCCACGCGUACCCAAACUUGGCAUGUUCGUCGGCCCGCCCGAGCUACCAACUGGUUAUAGGGCAAGGACGGUCGAAGAUAAAGUCGCCAGCGACUCGAGUGAAGGCAGCUCUGACGGUGAAUCGAGAAGACCGAGGCCCCUACCGCCUCCGCCACAUCACGAACCCACACACAAGGUACUGUCGGGCGAGUAUCCGUCGUCAGCGCAGGACAACUCUUCGUCUAGCGCGGCGGACUCGCGUCGGCGGCAGGCAUUCGGCAAACACGAUAGGAGGCAUAAAGAAUUCUCUAAAAGUAAAGACAAGAAGAACGCGUCGCAGUUACAAAAUACAAAUUCAAUACAAAAUUGGGGACCACAGGGCCCCCACGGUGUCCCGUUGUUUGUAGAGAAGUGUAUUCAGUUCAUCGAGCGUGAGGGUCUCGCGUCUGAAGGCCUGUACCGCGUUCCCGGGAACCGUGCGCACGUCGAUAUGCUCUUCGCUAAGUUCUAUGAAGAUCCAAAUAUUGAUCUAGAUUCUCUAGAUAUACCUGUCAACGCGGUUGCGACAGCACUUAAAGAUUUCUUCUCGAAGAAACUGCCACCACUACUUGACGAGGCGAGCAUGGCGCAACUAGAAGACAUAGCAGCGAUGCGCGGCUGCAUAGCUGGCGGCGUGGAGCUGAAGGACCGCAGCUGGCGACUGCUGGCGUUGCGCGGGCUGCUGGCGUCCGCUCUCACGCCGCAGGCGCGGGCCACACUCGACUACCUGCUCAAUCACUUUGCCAGGGUGGCCGACAACUCCAAACUGAACUCCAUGGACAGCAAGAACCUGGCCAUCUGCUGGUGGCCGACGCUGCUGCCCGUGCAGUUCUCCGACAUGGGCCGCUUCGAGAUGACGCGUCCGUACCUCGAGGACAUCGUGCAGACGAUGAUCGACCAGCACCCGUUCCUGUUCCGGGGGCAGGAGGCCUUCGUGAUGGUGUGAGGACCGCGGGAACCCACAAUGCAGGUUGCAUUCGUGAUGGACGACGUGUGACGUCACUCGUCCCAGCCCCGGUGCGGGCCGCGGACGCCGGGGGACACUACCGAUAUCGAUAUCGACGUCGAUACACGAUAUCGACUGUCGACUCUCGUCUAACUGUGUUGCUAUUGUUGUUGUAUCGUAGUAUUAUGGACGAAAGUGAUACGGCCGUUUGUUUUUUACGAGUGUUGUCAUAUCAUAUGCUUAGUACCGCGGAACAAGCUUGAGUAAACGAUAUUUAGCGCUUUUUUACCGGUCUAGAUAGGUAUUAUAAUUCGAUGGACUAAAAUUGAAUCAGUAUUUUAUUGUAGAUGUUAAAAGCAUUUUCUAGGUAAGGGAUUGCACAAAACAUAUUUAACGGAAAUGUUUCUAUAUAAUAUGGUAAGUAUCGAUUUUCGUAUAUUUGUAUCAAUAUGACAACAUGGCACAUUCCGUAAGGCGAGAUGUAGGUUUUUAUCCGUUCGUUUACGCCAUUUUAUUUAAACACGCCUAUGUAUAGGUGAAAUGCUUAUUAACGUAAAUGCCUUAUUUGUAACACCAAAUCAUCUUUUCAUCGACACCAAAAUGCACUAAAUAUUUAUUUCUCAGCACUAUUCCUUUGUAAAUUCUUGCCAAAUAUUGGAUGACUCCGAACGAUUGCCGCAUUCGACCCAACUAUGGUCCAAACCACGAGACUAGUCAAAAAAAUUCACACUUAACAAUUUUUAAAUUUUGUGAUUCGUCUCGUGAUUUGGGCUAUGAAAUUUUAUCCUUAGGAUAAUUUUACAAUGUUUUUGAAAAUUGUUUAAAUAUCUGUAGGAUAAAAUAAUUGUUACGUUUGCGGUCUUAGAAUUUGUGAUAUAGCAGAAGUUAGAAAGCGAGGCUCAAGGUGUUUUCUUGCCUGUUAUUGUUUAGGUAUUUUAGUGUAUCGCUAAACUUUAAUAUCUAGGACUACUAUAUCUGUACGUGGUGAAAAUGGCUUAGUUUUUAGGUUUUGCUUAAAUAAUUCCAUAUUAUGUAUUAAUUUAAGUAUUUUGUGUAUAAUCUAGCGUUUUCCAAAUGUAUACAGACAUUAUUACAAAGUUUAACAUUAUUCAUAUUUUUCACAAAAUUAUCUCU